CUUGAAUAGAAGGCCUCAAUAUCGGACAAAAUUGUCCCACGUUAAUCCCAAUUCGUUAUUGGUACUGUAUUAUCCAUAGUGGGCAUGCACAACGUGGUCAAUCAGUGCGAAGGAAGAAUCGGACAUUAAGCUAAUGUGGCCGUGAAGUGCUAUGCUGUUCACAAAAUGCUUUUUUAAAUAUUUGCCAAAACAUGUGCAAGGUUUCUCCGCUCAAAUGCAAAUCGCCAUCAGGAAUAAAUUAACAGGGCCGCCAGAUUGGCAAUUGUGGCCUCGGCAAGUCCGGGACACCAGCAAUCCUUUCCAUGUUUUUUCUCAAGGCUUGGUGAUUUGCAAUCAUGUUUUGCGAACAUCUGAACAGUCGCCAGAUCUUGCUGGGUAUCUAUGGAAAGACUAUCACAAGUUUUCCAAAGCGACAGCAAUGAUGUGCGCUGAAACACGAGAGGAAUUCACUUACGAACAAAUCAGGCACUUGUCACUUGCUUUUGGGGUGGGUCUCAAAAACUUGUCGAUCUUGAAUAGAAGAGGCGACAUCUUGGCGAUAAUUUGCCCCAACAUGCCUUCGUUUGCCAUCUGUUUUUAUGGAGCGGUGUUCAUUCAUGGAGUUCCUGCGUUGAUCAAUCCAAAAGGCUGCAUUGUAGCUCAGCUGAGGGCAUGCAAACCAAAAGCAGUGGUGGUGUUGGCAAAGGAUGCCAAGCAUGUGCAAUAUAUGACAGAAGUAGAGGAAGAGCUAAUGUCAAUUAGAACUAUCAUUAUUUCAGUGGGAGUGCAUGAAGAAGAGAAGCUGAUGAAAGAUUUGCAACCAAAUGGACCAAGAAGUCCAAAACUUUUGUCUCUUCGCGAAGUCAUAUGCAACUCAUCCAAAGAUGGUCUUGGAAUUCUUUCUGGGGCGCCAUUCAGGCCAGAUGACAUUGCAAUUGUGCAGUGCCUGAGAAAGGCAAAUGGCAAAGAAAUGGCAGUUGCUUUAUCGCAUGGUAAUAUCGUUGGAACUCUGAAUCAGCUUCAUGUGCCGUAUUUGAGCAAAGCUGAGAAGGCCCAUAUCAUCAGAGAAGGACACAAUCCCAUGAAAUUAUUCCACCAAGAGACGAUUGUUGGAAUAAUGCCUUUUUACACUGCUUUUGGACUCAUCACGGGUCUACUCAGUUGCACAAAAAUUGGCGGAAGGCUGAUAACGUUGAGUGAAGAUGAACCCAAUGAGCUGCUCUUUGACAUACUUGAAGAAUAUCAGGUUAUGGUGCGACAGAAGCAUCAGGUUUCACCCACAUGGUUCCUGUACAUGAGCACAAAAAACUUGGGUCUGUUGGAGGUCCUUUGGCAGGGACAACAGCAGCUACAGUGGAUAUGAAUUCUAGAAGAUGGACUGAGCCCUUCAAAGAUGGCGAAAUCUUAGUCCGGGGUCCACAAGUAAUGCAUAAUUAUUUGCAUGAUCAAGAUGCGACCAAAAGCGUGUUCAUCAAUUGGCGAAGUUCAAAAGAAACAUUUUCCCUGGCAGGAAAACCAUGGCUCAAAACUGGAGAUAUUGGCUAUUAUGACAAGCAUGGAUAUUUCUAUAUUGUUGGACAUCGCAAAAACAUUUAAAUCAUGAAAAAUACAUCAGCUUGUGAGAAUAAAUAUGGAAUUUGUCCUGCAGCAGUA